AUGGCGACAUUAGCGGAGAAGCUUGAGAAGAUCAAGUCUCCCAAGCUGCAGAACCAGCACCACACUGCCGUGGUGCUUUCUGCAGUAGAGGAUACUCUCCGUGACCAAAAGGCCGACUUUUCCGCGACUGCGUAUUUCGCAGCGCUUCUCGCUCUUCUCUCCCAGUCUUUGACCGCCGAACAAGGCAUUGUGAACAAGGAUUUGGCUACAUCCGUCGUGUACUUGCUCGACAUCACCACGAGUUACGUGCCGGCUCCCAUUCUUCGCUCCAAAUUCUCCCAGAUUCUCACCAGCCUCGCCCCGGCCCUGUCACUCCCCGAAGUUGAAGCGCCCCUCCUCCGACCGUCAAUUGGGUGUCUGGAGUCGCUUCUUAUUGCUCAAGAUGCCGCGGCGUGGAACCUACCUCACACUCAGAUCGGGCCGCGUCGUGCGACGGCGGGCCUGCUGAGCCUCUCAGUCGAUCAUCGACCCAAGGUCCGGAAGCGUGCUCAGGAGGCCUUGAUCCAAGUCCUCAAGACCCCCCCUCCCAGCCCAUCACUCGACCACCCUGCCGCAGACAUGUGCGCAGAGUCUGCCAUGAAGACCCUGAGCGACAGCAUCCAGGCCGCUUCCAAGCAGAAGAAGGGAAAGCACGAUGCGAACCGCGAGAACCACGAGCCGCUCAUCAUUCACUCUCUGCAACUGGUCAAGACCAUCGCUACCGCAUCCGGUGGUUGGCCGAGCAAAAAGAUCGAGGCUCUGUGCGAGCUGCUGAUGAAUGCCUCCCGGUCGACCAACGAAUAUAUUACCAUGGGCGCGUUCGAGGUCUUUGAAGUCAUUUUCGAGGGAAUGGCUGAUGAGUUCUCUUCCUCCAAACUGCCCCGCCUUUUGGACGCCAUCUCGGAGCUGAAGCCUGCCCAAAACGACUCACAGCUUCUGCCCCCAUGGAUUGCAGUUCUGUCUCGUGGAUACGACGUUUCUGCACAAAUCAACCCAGAGGAUACAUUCGAUAAGCUACCGAGUCUGUUCGAGUUGAUCUCUGGAUUCUUGGCUUCCCCAUCCCACAAUAUUCGAGUCUCGUCCUCCGAGUGUCUGAUUUCAUUCCUUCACAACUGCAUUCCCGAGAGCGUCAUCUUGGACGCCUCCGUGUAUGACGAGAAGACCCUUGAAAAGCUGGCCGGUAUGACUGGUGAUCUUCUCUCCGUAAAGUACCAAGCCGCUUGGCAGGAGGUGUUCAACGUCUGCUCUGCCAUGUUCGACUGCUUCAAGUGGCGCUCAAAUCCGUUCCUGGUCGACGUGGUCACCACAAUCGGCGAGCUGCGCAGCAAUGAGGCUUUCCACGGAAAGAAGGAGGCUGACAGUGUUCUGGGUGCUGCAAUUGAGGCCAUGGGACCCCAAGCUGUUCUUGAGCUGUUGCCCCUGAACAUCAUUCAGCAGAAGAAUGGCCAGCCCGGUCGCGUCUGGAUGCUGCCGAUUCUUCGUGAUCAUGUCACAAACACCAACCUCGGCCACUUCCGCUCGGAAAUGGUACCUCUCAGUGAGGCUCUUUACCAAAAGAUGAUGGACUACAAGUCCUCGGAGAAGCCCGUGGAGACGAAAAUCUUCGAGACCUUGGUUCAGCAGACUUGGGGCAUUCUCCCCGGUUACUGUGAGCUGCCGCUUGAUCUGAUCGAGGCUUUUGAUCAGUCAUUCGCAGAGCUUUUGUCCAACGUUUUGUACAAGCAGACUGAGCUGCGUGUUGACAUCUGUCGGGCUCUCCAGAAUCUGGUGGAGUCAAACCAGGCUAUUUUGUCUGUGGAGAAGGAGGAGGAUGACCUGAUUCUGCAACGGCGCAUCACCAAGGCCGCCGCCACGAAGAACCUGUCACAUCUGGCCGGAUUCGCCAGCAACCUGCUCGCUGUGCUGUUCAACGUUUACAGCCAGACCCUCCCUCACCACCGUGGUUACAUUUUGCAAUGUAUCAAUGCCUAUCUGAGUAUCACCCCGGAAAAGGAGCUGAAUGAGACCUUCACCCGUGUGACUACGAUGCUCGAAUCAUCCUUGGUGGAGGAGCAGAAUGCGCCCGCCAAGCAGGCCUCAGCUGACAAGAUGCCGCCCACCUCUCACACCUUGAUCGAUCUGGUCAUUGCCAUGUCGAUCUAUUUACCCCGGUCCAGCUUCAGCGGACUCUUCGCCAUGGCCGCAGCUAUUCUUGAUGGUCCAUCUGCUACCCCAGACCAGCAACUAAUCAAGAAGGCAUACAAGUUGAUUCCCCGUCUCGCCUCGACGGAAACCGGUCGUGCCGCUUUGCAAGAGCGCAGCAGCGAGCUGCAGACUCUUUUGCUUGCCACUUCCGAUAAGACUCCCGCAUCUGGCCGACGAGACCGCAUGCUUGCUAUCGACGAGCUCAUCACGAACCUGCCUACGUCGGAUCUUCACUUUAUCCCGUCCAUCCUGUCGGAAGUCGUCCUUGGCUGCAAGGAAAGUAACGAAAAGGCUCGCACGGCUGCCUUUGACCUACUGAUCCAUUUGGCUCGCCGCACGAUCGACCCUGAGCUAAACCCUGCUGGCACUGUGAUCCGCAACUCAUUGGUGCCUCACAUGCCUGAUGACUCGCCCGAUGCCCCGGCCACUAUCGAAGAGUUCUUUACUAUGGUCUCCGCCGGGUUGGCUGGCUCAUCACCCCACAUGGUGGCCGCGUCCGUUACCGCUUUGUCGCGACUCUUCUUUGAGUUCUACAAAGAUCUGCGAUCAGAGGUCGUCUCUGAUUUGGUUCAAACGGUCGAGCUUUUCCUCACCAGCAACAACCGAGAGAUUGUUCGGUCUGUUCUAGGAUUUGUGAAGGUUGCCGUUGUCAUCUUGCCUGAUGAGAUUCUGCGUCCUCGCCUUUCCGCUCUGGUCCCUAACCUGAUGGCUUGGAACAAGGAGCACAAGGGUCGUCUGCGCAGCAAGGUGAAGGGUAUCAUUGAUCGUCUUGUGCGUCGCUUCGGUGCGCCCUUGAUGGAGAACCUUGUCGGCGAGGAGGAUCGCAAGCUUGUUGUCAACAUUCGGAAGCAGCGUGAGCGUAGCAAGCGCAAGAAGAAGGAGGGUGCUGCCGGUGAUGACGAGGACGAGGACGAGAAUGACAAGUCGCGUGGUCCGCAGUCCAGCAAUGCCUUUGACAAGGCAGUCUAUGGCUCGGAUUCGUCCGACUCCGAGGACGAUGACGAUGAUGCGAGCGUCAUCGAUGUCGACACCGAGGGGCAGGCCCGCAUCAAGGGCCGUGGUGCUGGUGGCAAGAAGAAGUCUGCGCAGGGUAGCCAGUACAUUCGUGAGAUGUCCCCCGAAGACAAUCCGCUUGAUUUGCUGGCACCCGACGCUCUUGCGAACAUUUCUACCACCAAACCCAGCCUGCGCUUCUUGAACACCGGCCCCGGAUCCAAGAGGAAGCACGCUGCCAAGUUCGACGCCGAUGGUCGCCUGAUUCUCGGCGACGACAAGGCCGUGGAUGUUGAAAUGAGCGGAACCGCUCAGAGCGGGAGCGGCAUCAAUGCCUACCUGGCUGCUGUCAGUGGGCCCGAUGCUGUUCGCCGCGGCCAGAAGGGUAAGGUCAAGAUGAGCCAGGCCAAGAACCGCGGCGGUGACGAUGCGAUGGAUCUGGACGACGAAGAUGACGCUGCGAUCGGUCAAAAUCUGCGGUCCCGGGGCCAAGGUCAGAACCGUCGUGGCCUCGGUGCUCCCAAGACUCCUGGCGCCUCCCAUGGAGGUCGUAUCGAGAAGCGUCGUAACCCCGGUGGUAUGACUGGCAGAGGAGGACCUCGUCCCGGUCGUGGUGGUGGUCCCGGCCGCGGCGGCUUCUCUAGCCGUGGCGGUGCUGGCCGUGGAGGAGGCGGUGGUCGUGGUGCUGGACGCGGUGCUGGCCGUGGUGGUGGUGGUGGUCGUGGUGGAGGCCGCGGUCAUCGCUAG